AUGGGUUGUGUAUUGGGCCAGCUUGAUGAGUUAGGGAGGAAAGAACGAGCCAUUUACUACGUAAGCAAAAAGUUCAUGGAAAAUGAGUCUAACUACUCAAACUUGGAGAAAACCUGUUGCACUUUGAUGCUAUUAACCGAAUACGACAUCACCUACGUAACUAGAAAGGCUAUCAAAGGUGAUGCUAUUGCGGAAUAUUUGGCGGAUAGAGCUGUGGAGGAUUACCUUCCUAUGGAUUUUGACUUCUCGGAUAAGGACACUAACUCAAUAAGCCAUGAAGAAGAAGAACAUGAAGUUUGGACAAUUUUUUUUGACAAGGCAGUCAAUGUGUGGGGACAUGGAAUAGGGGUUGUACUUAUAUCGCUGGAAGGGAAACAUUAUUCGGUCAUAGCUAAGCUUACCUUUCCGUGCACCAAUAACAUAGCAGAGUACGAAGCAUAUAUAUUGGGUUUGCAGGCUGCCAUAGACCGGGGAAUCAAGGAAUUAGCUGUGAUGGGAGACUCGGCCCCAGUUAUUCACCAAUUGAUCAAAGAGUGGGAAACUCGGGAUUUCAAACUAGUGCCAUAUCAGGAGUACAUUCAAGAAAUGAUUAAAGGAUUGGAACGCAUCAGUUUCUCCCACCUGCCAAGGGAAACCAAUUUGAUUCCUGAUACACUGGCCACUAUGGCAGCUUUGUUUAAAGUGGAACUAGGAAUGGAGAUUGAGCCAAUCCAAAUCAAAGUAUAG